AUGACUGGGCAAGAAGUGGAGCCAGCUGCCAGCUGCUCUAGUUGCUGGAGACCACACCUGUCAGUCUAUGGGGGAGGGAGCCUGGAGGGAACCGAGGUGGUUCCCAGGUGGCCGCCUCCUGUCGUGCGGGGCGGGCGUUGGGCUACCAAGCUGAUCCAGGAUGGCCUUCCUGCAAGUCUAGGGCAGUGUGCUUUGGGCCCUUCACCCCCCUUCCACCCUCUCCCCCCUCCCGGGGACAGCACCCCUGUCCUGCCCCUGACUCACAAUGAAACAAAUAGCGGGCUGAAGGCAGAUGUUGUCCCAAAGACAGCAGAGAACUUCAGAGCCCUGUGUACCGGGGAGAAGGGCUUCGGCUACAAAGGCUCCACCUUUCACAGAGUGAUUCCGUCCUUCAUGUGCCAGGCGGGCGACUUUACCAACCACAAUGGCACUGGGGGAAAGUCCAUCUAUGGAAGCCGCUUUCCCGAUGAGAACUUCACGCUGAAGCACGUGGGACCAGGCGUCCUGUCCAUGGCGAAUGCGGGCCCCAACACCAACGGCUCCCAGUUUUUCAUCUGCACCAUAAAGACAGACUGGUUGGAUGGCAAGCAUGUGGUGUUUGGCCACGUCAAAGAGGGCAUGGAUGUCGUGAAGAAAAUAGAAUCCUUGGGUUCCAGGAGUGGGAAGACGUCCAAGAAGAUUGUCAUCACAGACUGCGGCCAGCUGAGCUAAGCGGCUGUGAGCAGGGCGCGAGGCCGGCGGCAGCCACACCUGCGUGGGCUCCCCUGGGGGGGCCACCUUGGGCUCCCGCGGACUUGUCCGUUCUCGUUCC